GUGGCACAUACAGGGGGGGCAACAAACGCAAGUUGAGCACUGCAAUAGCUUUCAUAGGAGAGCCUCCAGUAGUGUUCCUGGAUGAACCCACUUCUGGAGUAGAUCCUGUGUCCAGGCGUAAACUGUGGGACGUUGUAUCCAAGUGUCAACAAGCUGGACAGGCCAUAGUCCUCACUUCUCACAGCAUGGAGGAGUGUGAGGCAUUAUGCUCUCGACUGACCAUCAUGGUGGCUGGUCAGAUGAAGUGUGUCGGCAGUACAGAGUAUCUGAAGUACAAGUUUGGACAAGGUUUCACUGUUAAAAUCAAGCUGAAUGCUCUACACCAGCAGACCCAUGCUGUAGAGGCAGUCAAACAAGAUAUGAUGUCACAGUUCAGAUACUGCUCCAUCAAAGAUGAACACUCGUGCUUGCUGCAUUACCAUGUGCCGGAUCCAACCAUCCGUCUAGCCGUUCUGUUUACAAAAACCUGGAGCACCUGA